AUGUUUGCGAUGGGCAUUUCCACUCUAAACAUCCCCAGCAGCGACCAAAUAGCGAAUCCUAACAUCGCUGCCGCAAACGUCAAGGUAGCUAUUACCAGCAGGGAUCGUUCAGUCCAGCUCUGCACGGGACUGUUCAUAAACAACGAGUUCGUGGAAGGACGUGGCGAGACCAUCGUUUCCAUUAAUCCAGCCGAUCAGGCCGUCCUAGCCGCGGUGCAUUCGGCCUCAGUGGAUGAUAUAGAUCAAGCGGUGAAGGCCGCGAGGCAAGCGGCAAACACAAGUUGGGGAACCAACACACCAGCCACCGAGCGUGCUAGUCUGAUGAAUAAAUUAGCAGAUCAAAUCGUGCAACAUGGCGCAUUCCUCCCUCAGAUCAUGGAAGCCCGAUUAGAAGAUCUCGCAGUGUUAGAAACGUUGGAUUCCGGGAAGGGUAUCACUUGGGCCCGCGGCGACAUAACCGAGAGUAUCGGCGCUUUCAGGUACUAUGCUGGCUUGGCGUUUUCCGGAACCGACGGACAGGUUUUGGAAGGCUGCGAUGCCACAGGAAUCUCGUUUACUCGACAAGAGCCUUUGGGUGUCGUGGCUCAAAUCGUCCCAUGGAUGAUGGCGUGGAAAGUGGCCCCGGCUCUCGCAGCAGGAUGCGCGAUUGUUUUCAAGCCAGCGGAACUUACCCCGCUCGCGACGCUUUUAUUUUGUGAAAUGGUGCGGGAUGCAGGCUAUCCUGCGGGGGCCUUCAAUUGCGUCAAUUCGUAUGGGCCCGUAGGUGGUCAUGCUCUUGCCUGCCACAUGGAUGUCGACAAGAUCGCUUUCACCGGAAGUACGAAUGUUGGCAAGCAAAUCGCCGUCCAGGCAGCUAGGAGUAACUUGAAGAAAGUCGGUGCAUCCAGAUCAUAUUUUGCGUGUUCACGUUUUUUUGCCUACCCUAUUGAUUCCGGCUUGGGCUUCAAAACAACGACUCAAAGACUAGAGCUGGGUGGUAAGAGUCCUAACAUUGCUUCUAAACUGAACAACUUGGAUGAAAACUUCGAGUUCGAGCCGAAAACUGAGAUUUUGGACUCGAUUGUACCAGUCCUCAAAUCUGCGAACAUAGAGCAAGCUGCCGCCUGGUGUUGCUUAGGUAUCUUCGAGAAUAUGGGCCAAUCAUGCACAGCCGCUUCAAGAGUUCUUGUGCAUUCGUCAAUCUACGACGAGUUCUUGUCAGCAUUUAUCAAGAAGGCUUCCAGCCACAAGUUGGGGGAUCCAUUUGAUCCCGAAACCUAUUCUGGGCCCCAAAUAUCGAAAGCUCACCUCGACCGCAUCGACGGCUACGUCAAGAGCGGAGUUUCCGAAGGUGCCAAGAUCGUUUUGGGAGGAAACAGGGUUCACAAAGUUAAGAAAUUUAACGCCGAAGGCCAGUGGAUCGAGGGUGGAAACUUCUUCGAACCGACGAUCUUCGUUGACGCUACACCAUUGAUGAAAAUAGUGAAAGAAGAGAUUUUCCCUCCAACGCAUUGUCAACAGUUUGGACCAGUCGCGGUGGUGAUGAAAUUCGAGACGGUAGAAGAGGCGAUCCAGAUGGCGAACGAUACCGAGUAUGGGCUGGCCGCUGGUAUCCACACUGAACAGCAAGACGAGGUCGUCCGGGUGGCAGCCAAGUUGAAGGCCGGCACGGUCUGGAUAAACUCGUACGCCUUUUGUCCCGUGAACGUGCCCUUCGGUGGAUACAAGUCCAGCGGCUGGGGACGUGAAUUAGGCAAAAAAGGUCUCGAAGAGUACACCAUUACCAAGGUAAAAAACACACGCAGAUUUCUUAUACCACAUUUCAGUUCCUUCUCUGGAAUGAUGGGUGCUUCAUCUCCUCAGAGCUAUCAAUGGAAUUACGCUCAGAAGUUCUCGUGGCCAUUUGAUCUGGAAGGAGUGUCCAAGUUGUAG